GUUGGCGAUUGCCGGGAUGUAGAGAGGGAAACGCGUAGAUGCAAUUACAAGAGGUAAUGAGGCUGGUGAAGUUUUGAAUGCAGUGAACGCAGAUGGGGAGGAAGACGCAAAGAACAGCGAGCGAAUAGUGAAAGGCUUGGGAGCGACAAAUGGCGGCGCGAACAGCGAAUGAAAAGGAGAGUUCGCCGUGUUGGAGCUUUGGCAGUGUCUGUGGCUGGGCCUUGACGACCAAGGCGAGGGCCGCAGGGUACAAAGGCGAUCGCUCGACGCAGACAAGCGAAUCGACAGAUCAAGGUGACGGAAAUAGAGAGCGUCGUGCAGGCAAGGGAAGGAAAGAUCUGAGUGGGUACCGACCUGAAGGUGCGACAGCGGGGCGAGUCUGACAAGGAGAGUGAAGCUGCGCGGAGCCGUAUGCUGCUCUG